UUCCUGAUAGGAACCUAGCUACCUUUUCCAUUAUCAUGGGUUAGGGUAGGGAGAUCUCGACUAUGAGUUGGCCAAGGAAUAUUACGAGGGUCCGGAUAGAAUAACAACACCUCUAGUGUUGUUAUAGUAACAUCAGGGGUAAAAAGGGAAAACUAACAGAAAUUAAUAAAUUACAAUUGAGAACUAAAAUUUUCAAUCCCUACCUGUCUCUCUCGAUCUCCUCCGAUACCAUACCCCCAACGACUGCAUCUCCUCCGGUACGCUCGCCUCCAUCACCGGCAGGAACACCCCUGCUGUCGACUCUGACGGUAGAGGCGUCGACCUUCCUCUAAUCUCAGGCAAACAGCUAGAUCAGAACCGCGAUGUAUCCGGCGGCUACGAUUGAGGCCUCCAUCCCCCGCCGUUCCUUCUUUCUUCCUCCGCCGGGGUUGCCAGUCCUCCUCUCGUCUCUUCUUUCUUCCGACGCCGGCGCCAGCUGCGGAUUGGGCGUCUGUUGGAUGACGGAAGCGACAGCAGCGGGGGAGAGGAAAGGGACCAUGGCGUCCGCCUCCAACGGAUUGGCUUCCUCGAUAAUCGAGAUGAGUUCGUUGGAUACGGAAGUCUCCGAGAGGGGAGCGGUUGCGGCGGCGUGGAAGUAGCGGAUCCGAUAAGAGAUUCGAUGGAGCAGAAGCUGGAGAUGCAUUAGUUCUUUCUUGUUGGAAGAAUCCUAAAGAGAAAAAUCUUUCGAUUGAUAGCGGAGUCAUCAAUCUUGUGGCUGGAGAUGGAGAAGAGGGAAGAUGGGGAAAUUGAAAGCGGCCGGUGCGGUCAAAAAAGAGCGAAGAGAGGCAUUUUGGCUUUGCGCCCGACUUGGGUUCUUGUCUCCUCCCUCAAUUAUGCCAUUUCGAUCUUCUCUCUAGUUCUCUUCUGUUCUGUUCUGUUCUGCUGCUUUCUUUCUUAUUUGGUCGGUUUGAAGCUCUCUCUCUCUCUGUAUAUAUGGUGUGUAGUCGUUGCCUUGCCUGUCCUGCUGCUUUAAUUAGCCUUUAGGACCAGACCAUUCCCUUUAAUUUAGUUAGAGAGGAAGAAUAGUAGUGUAGGAGGAAGAGGAGUAACCAAUUCCCUCAUGAUUCUCUGCCGAUGAUCCAACGGAUUGGCUUCCUUGAUAAUCGAGAUGAGUUUGUCGGAUACGGAAGUCUGAAUGCGGUUGUUUUGGCGGUGGAUCAAGUUAGUUUAUUAAGUUUGUGAAAGUUCCAUUAUGUUGUAGGCUACAUCUUGGGCGGGAAGGCAUGUAGAGUUGUGCUAUCGCUUGCUGAAAUUCACUUGCAUUCCUCAAAUAUAUGCCUGAUUUUGUCAUGCAACUACUUUUCUGUUUAGCAUUUUUUGUUAUCAUGUAUGUCCACAAGUGAUGGGGGUGGAACAAUGGGAGUUUGCAUUUCGGUGCUAGGAGAACCUGAUGUUCUUUCUCUUUUGGUCUGGUUUGUUUCGUGCAGGGUGUGUCAAGAAAAUAUACCGGAAAUCUCCUAAUGCAAACCACAAAUUUGCUAAAACAUAUUAGAAACCUUACAAAGCAAACCAUAAAUAUUUUGAAAAGCACACUAGAAACCCCCUAAUGCAAACCACAAACACGGUAAAACAAACAAAAAACGUCCUAAUGCAGACCAUAAAUAUAUUAAAACAAACCAAAACCCUCGCAAAGCAAACCACAAAAGUUUCGAAAGCACACCAGAAACUUCUUAAUGCAAACCAAAAACGUCCUAAUGCAGACCAAAAAUCUAUUAAAACAAACCAGAAACCUCACAAAGCAAACCACAAAAUUUUCGAAAGCACACCAGAAACCUCGCAAAGCAAACCACAAAAAAUUCGAAAACACACCAGAAACACAAUAAAGCAAACCAGAAUCCUCCUAAUGCAGACCACAAAUCUCCUAAUGCAGACCACAAACCUCACAAAGCAAACCACAACAUUUGCGAAAGCACACCAGAAACCUCCUAAUGCAAACCACAAACACAGUAAAUCAAACCACAAAAAAGCAAACCGGAAACGUCCUAAUGCAAACCACAAAUAUAUUAAAACAAACCAGAACCCGCACAAUGCAAACCACAAAGUUUUUGAAAGCAAACCAGAAACUUCUCAAUGCAAACCAGAAACACGAUAAAGCAAACCAGAAACUUCUUAAUGCAAACCACAAACACGAUAAAGCAAACCACAAAAGGCAUACGAAAAUAUGAGAAACCAAACCAUAAAUCUCACAAUGUAGACCAUACAUCCGGUCUUCGUUGACCGUUGACCGAACUCCGAUGACCGUCAGUGAGCAGAUUCCGACGCCGAUAGGCAUAUUCCGGCCCAGAUGACUAGAUUCCGACGCCGGUAAGCAUAUUCCGACACCGGUAAGCAUAUUCCGGCGACAGAAUAGCAUAUUCCGACGACAAAAGCAUAUUCCGGUGACCGGCGACCACUUUCCGGCGACCGGUGGCAGAAUUCCGGCGACCAAAUUUUGGGGCAGAAAAUAAAAUAUUUUUUUAUUU